AAAAAUAAAUAAAAAAAUAAAAAAGGUUGAUAAACAGAGAAAGAGAGACACAUUGCGGAGGAGAAGAAAGGGCGUGUUGUAAAUUCAAUUGCGUUUGGGCAUUCAUAGUCAUCAUCGUCUUCAGACAACCUAGCAUACUCCAAAACCAAACCUCUUCAGAUCCAUUAUAACUUCAACAAACUACGACAUAUUCAAAUUUAAAAGCUUUUGCAGUUAGAAAACCACUUGGAUCAGCCAAAAAAAAAAUAAAAAAUAACAGGGAGAGGGAGACAGACAGACAUGGACUGCAGAAACACAGAGUUUCAUGAAGUUGAGACUGUUUCUUCUUCUUCUUCUUCACUAAGCGAGGCCUUGCUCUUCGCCACCAUGUGCAUGAUUGGUCUCCCUGUUGAUGUUCAUGUCAAGGAUGGUUCUGUUUAUUCUGGAAUCUUCCACACUGCCUCUGUCGAAAAUGAGUACGGUAUUGUUUUGAAGAAAGCAAGGAUGACUAAAAAGGGGAAACGCAAUACAAAUAUAGCAAAUAGUGGAUUGAUAGACACUCUUGUAAUCUUAUCAGGUGACCUCGUCCAAGUUGUUGCCAAGGGAGUUCUGCUUCCAGCUGAUGGGGUUGCUGGAAAUGUGGCCAGCAGUGAUACAGAAGCUGUUGUGGGCCCUGUUCCUUCUGAUGAGCCUGCAGAGAAUUAUCCAAGGAAAUCUAUCAAGUCUGCCAUGGAUAGGAGAACCAAUGGAAAAAGGAGUUCUUUACAAAAUGGGAACAGCUUUGAUCAUGUUUUCGUGCCUGUACAUCCUUGGAAGGAGCAUGAAGUUAGAAAAGCAUCAUCGAAUGAUGUUGGAAAUUCAGUGGAAGUUGAACAUGGGAAAAAAGAUAGGACAAAUUUAGAAAAGAUUAAAGAAGCCUCUGAGGCCACAAAUAUUAGGAGACAGUUUGGGCAUGAUGGGUCAGAGGGGAAGCAGAUUGGAUUCGGAGAUAAAGUAGGCUUACAGAAGGAAGAAAGGGAAGAAAGUGCUGAUAAAGGUCAAGGCUCAAGUUCAAGCUUAGAUAUGUGCCUUACCCAAAUAACAUCUAUAGAGGAAAGGCCUACAAAAAUGGCAUCCAAGUUGUUGACCUCUGAAGUAUCUUCUUAUCAUGCUCCUGUUUCUGUAAAAAUGAACAAUCAGUGUUCUGAAAGGCCCACUUCAGCAGAUACUCCCCCCCUUGCUGGCUCCUCAGGUGUCUCAACUUCACUGAAUCCAGCUCUGGAUGUGACCUCAGAAUUUUGUAAUAGUUUGGUUGUAACAUCAACUGAUACAGUUUCUUCUCAUGGUUCAGAUUCAAAUAAAACUGCUAAAGAAUUCAAGCUCAACCCAGGAGCAAAAAUAUUCUCUCCAUCAUCUACAAACACUAUAUCAGCAACUCCUGCUGUGCCUACAGUUGCAAGUACGGGAUACAUACCAAGUACGUCUCCUGCAGUACCUGUUGCUGCUGGUCAGCCAGAAGUUGGAAUCGGUCCUUUUGCACCACAUUCAUCUUUACCUGUUAAAUUUGUCCCAUAUGGUAAUUUCACAACUGGGAAUGGUGGCACCGGUUCUCAGUUUUCACAACCUGUUGUUGGACAUGUGGGAAGCAGGACACAGACCCUUAGAUAUGCUGGACAGCAUCCGCUUCAGGCUGGACCUGCCUAUGUGCAUCCAAGUUCUCAAGCUGUUAUGGUUGGUGGACGACUAGGGCAGCUUGUCUAUUUGCAUCCUGUUUCUCAAGAGUUGGUUCAGGGUGCCACGAGUAUUUCACCUCUAUCUGCGCGUCCUGUUAUGCCUCCACAGCAGGUCCCUUUUCCAAAGCACCAGGGAAUUGCGGCUGGCCAAGCCAUGCAGCUAUAUGUACCUCCACCUUUGGUGGCUGGUGGACAGCAACCUUUUGAUGCCAUAUCACAUCCCGAUUUUGCAACCUCCCUUCCCUAAUAGUCGCCCCACUCAAGUUCCAGGAUCUAAUAAUACUUACGGCUCUAAGUUUUCGUAAAUAUUAUAUCUCCAUCGAGUAUAUCAGGCUUUUUUUGGUGCCUAUUCUCAUUAUAGUUCCCCCAUAAUUUUGGCCUUUUUUCCUUUGUGGGUUGGGAAGAGUCUGUUAUAGAUGUUUUCAUUUAAAGUGUCAUCUACCAUGCAAAAAAAAUAGGGUGAGAACUUUUUGUAGUGGUGGUGAGUUUUGUAAGACCUGAUUAAAGGGUGAAGCUUCAAUAUUUUUUUGAAGAAUGUUUUUAGGGUAACAUUCUUUUUUUUUUGUUUUUUUUUUUUUUUUCUUUGUAAGAGAAAUGGGUUACAUGGCUUUUCCAGAAUUCAAAAUUUUGUCCAAAAAAACAAAAGGUGAGGAUGUACAAGUAGUGGAACAUAUGGAAAAAGGGACUUCUUGAUUCUUUUGAUUUGAUAAUAUGAUAAUUCAUAUCUUCUAUUGUGAUUCUAAUGGA